GGGCAUAACCCGUGUACUAAAUUGAAAGUAGAUACAGCGUGAGCAAUGCUUUGAUAUUUUAAACAGACCAUGGAAAGACAAGAUAAGAAAUGGGGAAAGAAAAAUGUUGAAAAUGACAGUUUAUUAGAAGUUCCCAAAGGAUGGAAAGAACCUGGAAUAACAAGAGAAGACAACAAACAUGGCAUGUUGGCAGAAAGUUCUUUUGCAACUUUAUUUCCAAAGUACAGAGAAAAGUACUUAAGAGAAUGUUGGCCUUUGGUUAAGAAAACUUUAGCAGACUAUGAAAUCAAGGCAGAGUUAGAUGUAGUAGAAGGAAGUAUGGCUGUAUCAACCACCAGAAAAACUUGGGAUCCAUAUUCUAUUGUCAAUGCUAGAGAUCUGAUCAAGUUAUUGGCCAGGAGCGUUCCUUAUGAACAGGCAAUUAGGAUUCUGGAGAAUGAUAUAGCAUGUGACAUCAUAAAGAUAGCAUCACUUUGUAGAAAUAAAGAAAGAUUCGUAAAGAGAAGACAGAGAGUCAUAGGUCCAAAUGGAUCUACACUGAAGGCGAUAGAGCUCCUAACAGAAUGUUAUGUUCUCGUGCAAGGUAACACUGUGUCUGCUUUGGGACCACAUAAAGGAUUACGAGAUGUCAGAAAAAUCAUUGAAGACACUAUGAAAAAUAUCCAUCCUAUUUAUAAUAUUAAGACAUUGAUGAUUAGAAGAGAAUUAGCAAAAGAUCCUCAACUACAAAAUGAAAGCUGGGAUAGAUUUUUGCCAAAAUUUAAGUCUAAAAAUAUCAGUAAGAGGAAACAACCUAAGAAGAAGAGAAUAAAGAAAACAUAUACACCUUUCCCACCUCCACAGCCAGAGAGUAAGGUUGAUAAAGAACUUGCUUCAGGGGAAUAUUUCCUGAAACCCAGUACAAAAAAGGCAAAGAAGCAAGCAGAGAAAAAGGAAAAACAGAAAGAAGCAAUUGAAAAGAAACAAGACAAGAGGGCACAAGCAUUUGUUCCUCCACAGGAGACAGGAGAAUCCGCAGCAAAGAAAUUAAAGAAAUCAGAUGAUACAGUUAAUGUUGAAGAGUUGAAAAAGAAAAUCAGGAAAGCUCAGAAAAAGAAGAUUGGUCAGUCAUCUGGAUCAUGACAAAAUGACAAAUAAACUGAAUUUCAACGAAAAUACUGUUGAACAGAAAUAACCAGGGCACAUCUCAAGGUUUUCAAGAUAUGAUGCAUGAGUUAUAUUGGCAAGACAACAAUAUUAGAAAAAUGAAUUUUAUUUUGAACUGUUUGAUAGUUUUCAAUAUGACAAAGAUUUGUGUAUUAUAGAACAUUACAAAUUCUCAAUUGAUGUCAUAGGAUAAGUUUUUGUGAAAAUUUUACACACAUAUACUCUUACAGCAGGCAUUUGUAGAUAUCAUUGCUUUUAUAAUAUAAUUGAAGAAUUCAAGAAAUCUAAGCCUCAGAAAUGUUAUUCUCUGAAUAACUAUGGGUUAAAUAUGCAUUUUUAUAACAGUGUAGCCUAAACUAAUUCAGCUGAACUUAACAUGUUUAUAGAGUUUGUUAAGCUGAUGUUUAUUUUUUUAGUGGGGAUUUAGGAAAUUGCUGAUUGACCUUUUCUAUCUGGCUCCACUCACUUGAUAAUUUUCUAAGCUUCUUGUAAUUACCUUGUGUUAUGGUCGGAUGGAUUACUUUAUUAAACUAAGCAGGCUUUUUAUGAGAACAUGUAUCAUUGAAGUAUUGAUUUCACUAACAGUUUCAUGAUCUGUAAGAAAAGACUAUUUUUCAGUGUUCAAAUUGAAAUAAGUCUUGUUUAUAUAUAUGUAAAUAAAAGUUCAUCAUUUAU